AGUCGCCGGUCGGGCCGGAUCCCGCCCGCAGGCCUGGCGCGAUGGGCCGCAAGGUGACGGUGGCCGCGUGCGCCCUGAACCAGUGGGCGCUGGACUUCGAGGGCAACCUGCGGCGCAUCUUCAGGAGUAUUGAGAUCGCCAAGAACAAAGGAGCAAGAUACAGGCUUGGACCAGAACUGGAAAUAUGUGGCUACGGGUGCUGGGAUCAUUACUACGAGUCGGACACCCUCCUGCACUCGCUGGAGGUCCUGAAGGCCCUCCUGGAGUCUCCGGUCACGCAGGACAUCAUCUGUGAUGUGGGGAUGCCUGUGAUGCAUCGCAAUGUCCGCUACAACUGCAGAGUGAUCUUCCUCAACAGGAGGAUCCUGCUGAUCCGGCCCAAGACCGCCUUGGCCAACCAGGCCAACUACCGCGAGCUGCGCUGGUUCACCCCCUGGGCCCGGAGCCGGCAGAUAGAGGAGUACUUCCUCCCCCGGAUGUUACAGGACGUGACAAACCAGGAAACGGCGCCCUUCGGGGACGCAGUGCUGGCCACCUGGGACACUUGCAUCGGGAGCGAGAUCUGCGAGGAGCUCUGGACGCCACACAGCCCACACGUCGACAUGGGCCUAGACGGCGUGGAGAUCUUCACCAACGCCUCGGGCAGCCACCACACGCUGCGCAAAGCCCACGCCAGGGUGGACCUGGUGACCAUGGCCACCACCAAGAACGGUGGGAUCUACCUGCUGGCCAACCAGAAGGGCUGCGACGGCGACCGGCUCUACUAUGACGGCUGCGCCAUGGUCGCCAUGAACGGCAGCAUCGUCGCCCAGGGGGCGCAGUUCUCGCUGGACGAUGUGGAGGUCCUGACGGCCACGCUGGACUUGGAGGACGUGAGGAGCUACCGGGCGGAGAUCUCGUCCCGGAACCUGGCGGCCAGCAGGGUGAGCCCCUACCCCCGGGUCAAGGUGGACUUCGCCCUCUCGUGCCCUGACGACCUGCUGCAGCCCGUCUCUGCCCCCGUGCCGUGGACGUACCACAGCCCCGAGGAGGAGAUCAGUCUUGGGCCUGCCUGCUGGCUCUGGGACUUCCUGAGACGAAGCCGACAGGCCGGCUUUUUCCUGCCCCUGAGUGGCGGCCUGGACAGCGCGGCCUCCGCCUGCAUCGUCUACUCCAUGUGCCGCCAGGUGUGCCAGGCCGUGAGCCGCGGAAGUAGCCUCUGGAGCAGCGACUGGCACCUGGCCACGCGCGGAGGGAGCAGCCGGGAGAACCUGGCCCUGCAGAAUGUGCAGGCUCGUAUCCGGAUGGUCAUCGCCUACCUGUUCGCUCAACUGAGCCUUUGGUCCCGGGGCUCCCGUGGGGGCCUGCUGGUCCUCGGAACCACCAACGUGGACGAGAGCCUCCUCGGCUACCUGACCAAGUACGACUGCUCCAGCGCGGACAUCAACCCCAUAGGGGGGGUCAGCAAGACGGACCUGAGGGCCUUUGUCCAGUUCUGCGCGCAGCGCUUCCAGCUCCCUGCCCUGCAGGGCGUGCUGUCGGCGCCGGCCACCGCAGAGCUGGAGCCCUUGGCCGACGGACAGGUGUCCCAGACAGAUGAGGAGGACAUGGGCCUGACCUACGCGGAGCUGUCCGUCCUCGGGAGGCUCAGGAAGACGGCCAAGGCGGGGCCCUACAGCAUGUUCUGCAAGCUGCUCCACAUGUGGGCCAAAACCUGCAGCCCCAGGCAGGUGGCUGAAAAGGUGAAGAGGUUCUUCUCCAAGUACUCCAUGAACAGACACAAGAUGACCACGCUCACGCCCGCCUACCACGCGGAGAACUACAGCCCUGAUGACAACAGGUUUGACCUGCGGCCCUUCCUGUACAACUCGGCCUGGCCCUGGCAGUUCCAGAGAAUCGACACCCAGGUUCUGCAGCUGGAGUGGAAAGCCCAGCAGGACCCGAAUGACCUGGACCGAGGGCCGACGGGGGCGGUGGACGGCCGGGACUGAGGCCCCAGCCCUGCCACAGCCCCACGGUG